AUGGCUGAUCACUCUCGUGCAACUACAAAUGGAAACGGUGUCUCACGCACCCGCAACGGUGCUUCUUCUGCUGGCGUCCGUCGCAAUCUGUUCCAGAGCCAGUUGACCCGGCGACCUACAGCCGGUUCUACGUCCACAUCCGCUGAGACAUUGCAUUUGGACGUGGAUGUCUUGUCUGAUACAUCUGAGAUCGUCGUUCGCGAUAAGCAUGGAGAAAUCGAGCUUGGAGAUCCCCCGACACCAAUGAUGGACGAUGAAGAUGAACUCCCUCUAGACAAUGCACAAGAGUUUGAGAAAGAGAGACAAAGACUCGCAGAAGCCGUCAAGCAUUAUCAAAUAAAUCGUCAUGAUGUGCACGAACAGCCCGAAGAACUCAUCGAGGCUGUAAGGGCAAGUCUACGAGCGAAAGUAGCAGCUCUCAGUGAGGAUAACUGGAUGUUUGAGCCUGAGGAACAACACCGUGGCUAA